AUGAUGGCCGACAUUGUACGUGCAGCAGGUAUGCUAGUUUAUCGUCAUAAGGCUGAUCGAAUCGAAUACUUAUUAUUGCAAGCGUCGUAUCCUCCACACCAUUGGUCUCCACCAAAAGGUCAUGUUGAUCCUGGUGAAGAUGAAUGGUCGGCAGCAUUACGUGAGACCUGUGAAGAAGCUGGAAUAACGGCCAGUAAUUUGGAUGUACAUAUGGACUUUGUAGAAGUUAUGACCUAUGUAGUGAAAAAAAGUGACCGACAUGGAGAAGAGAUUAACAAACAAAAAACAGUCAAGUAUUGGUUGGCAAGGUUGAAAAAUGAUGAAGAAAUUAGAUUAUCAGAUGAACAUCAAGAUGUUAGAUGGUUAUCGGUGGAUGAAGCUAGUAUGUUGGCACAAUAUAAGGAAAUGCAGGAUUUGAUUCGAAAAGCUGAGGAAUAUUUAACUCAUAAAAAGUAG